AGGGAGGAUGUCCUGGUUAAUUCUGGGUGGGCAAGCACGUUGGAACACGGGAGAAGACUGAGGAGACCCCGCGGUUCCUGCACAGCCACCGUAUGGCCCCGCCCCGAGAUCGCAGGGUGCGUUGAUCCAGCGGCCUUCGUCUCUGUCACGUGCAGGUUGAGCCUUCGUGCUCAGAGCCAUUGACAGUGCUCAGCCUGGUCUCGGCCAACGCAACGCUGGGAGCUGCGGGGAGCAGCUUUCUCUGGGGGCCCAGCCCCGACAGCCUAGAAUGCUUGGCUAGCACAGAGCUGAGGCCCUGCUGGCUCCCUGUCCAUAGCAAGAUCCACGGCUAGCAAAGUCAGCUUUUCGGCCUCAGGCGCCCGCGCUGGUCCCGCCCCGCGGCCCGGCUAGUCCACUCGGGACGCUCCCCGGGCCUAGGCUGCACCGCAGGCACCGCCCACCUCGCCCGGGAGGCACUUCGCGUUUUGAGCCCCGCGAGUUACCAUAUCGCCACCGCCGCAGAGCUGGAACCCAGCCGCUAUGUCCGCGGCUCUCAGCCGGACGGUCCCUGCGUCCCGGGGCUGGUCGGCGGCGGGGCGCUGCUGCGGCGCGGGAAGGCGGUAUAGCCGCUGAGACACGUCCUCUGAGCCGACCGAGGACGGCCCUGGGGCUCCACGUGAUGAUGACCGUGGAAGGCUCCACCAUCACCAGCCGAAUCAAGAACCUUCUGCGGUCCCCGUCCAUCAAACUUAGCAGGAGCAAGGCCGGCAACCGGCGGGAGGACCUGGGCUCCAAGGUGAUCUUGGAGAAGGUGCUUGGAAUAACAGUGUCUGGAGGUAGAGGACUUGCCUGUGAUCCCCGAUCUGGAGUAGUUGCCUACCCAGCUGGGUGUGUGGUCGUGUUGUUCAAUCCCAGGAAGCACAAACAGCAUCACAUCCUCAACAGUUCUAGGAAAACCAUCACUGCCCUUGCCUUCUCCCCUGAUGGCAAGUACUUGGUUACUGGAGAGAGUGGGCACAUGCCUGCCGUGCGGGUUUGGGAUGUGGCUGAGCAUAGCCAGGUGGCAGAGCUGCAGGAACACAAGUAUGGUGUGGCUUGUGUGGCCUUCUCUCCAAGUGCCAAGUACAUAGUCUCCGUGGGCUACCAGCAUGACAUGAUCAUCAAUGUGUGGGCCUGGAAGAAAAACAGUGUGGUAGCCUCUAACAAGGUGUCUAGUCGGGUGACAGCAGUUUCCUUCUCUGAAGAUUGUAGCUACUUUGUCACUUCGGGUAAUCGACACAUCAAAUUCUGGUACCUUGAUGACAGCAAGACCUCAAAGGUGAAUGCCACUGUGCCCCUACUGGGCCGCUCAGGUCUGCUGGGAGAGCUUCGGAACAAUCUUUUCACUGAUGUGGCCUGUGGCCGUGGGAAGAAAGCAGACAGCACAUUCUGCAUUACAUCUUCAGGACUGCUGUGCGAGUUCAGUGACCGGCGGCUUCUGGAUAAGUGGGUCGAGCUGCGAACCACUGUGGCCCACUGCAUCUCUGUCAGCCAGGACUACAUCUUCUGUGGCUGUGCUGAUGGCACUGUGCGCCUCUUCAACCCCUCAAACCUGCACUUCCUCAGCACCCUUCCCCGGCCCCAUGCCUUGGGGACAGACAUUGCCAGUGUCACUGAGGCCAGUCACCUCUUCUCUGGAGUGGCCAAUGCCAAGUAUCCGGAUACUAUUGCCUUGACUUUUGAUCCUACCAACCAGUGGUUGUCAUGUGUGUACAAUGACCACAGCAUUUAUGUUUGGGAUGUGAGGGAUCCCAAGAAAGUGGGCAAGGUGUACUCAGCUCUCUAUCAUUCCUCCUGCGUCUGGAGUGUGGAGGUCUAUCCUGAAAUGAAGGACAGUAACCAGGCCUGUCUGCCUCCCAGUUCCUUUAUCACUUGUUCCUCAGACAACACCAUCCGCCUGUGGAACACAGAGAGCUCCGGGGUCCAUGGCUCCACUCUGCACCGAAAUAUACUCAGUAAUGACCUCAUUAAAAUCAUCUAUGUGGAUGGGAACACGCAGGCCCUUCUAGACACUGAACUGCCUGGAGGAGACAAAGCUGAUGGGGCCCUGAUGGACCCCCGUGUGGGCAUCCGUGUUGUGUGCAUCAGCCCCAAUGGACAGCAUCUUGCUUCAGGGGAUCGGGUGGGCACACUUAGGGUACAUGAGCUACAGUCCUUAAAUGAGAUGCUAAGGGUGGAGGCCCACAACUCAGAAAUUCUAUGCCUGGAGUACUCAAAGCCAGAUACAGGUCUGAAGCUGCUGGCAUCAGCCAGCCGGGACCGACUGAUACAUGUGCUAGAUGCUGCUCGAGAGUACAGUCUCCAGCAGACGCUGGAUGAGCACUCAUCCUCCAUCACUGCAGUCAAGUUUGCAGCCAGUGAUGGGCAAGUCCGCAUGAUCAGCUGUGGUGCAGACAAGAGCAUCUACUUCCGCACUGCACAGAAGUCUGGAGAUGGAGUACAGUUCACACGGACACACCAUGUGGUGCGCAAGACAACGCUUUAUGACAUGGAUGUGGAGCCCAGCUGGAAGUACACAGCCAUUGGCUGCCAGGACCGCAACAUCAGGAUUUUUAACAUCAGCAGCGGGAAGCAGAAGAAGCUAUAUAAAGGGUCACAGGGUGAAGAUGGCACACUAAUCAAGGUGCAGACAGAUCCAUCUGGGAGCUACAUUGCCACCAGCUGUUCUGACAAGAACCUCUCCAUUUUUGACUUCUCCUCAGGCGAGUGUGUGGCCACCAUGUUUGGCCACUCAGAGAUUGUCACUGGCAUGAAAUUCAGUAAUGACUGCAGACAUCUCAUCUCUGUGUCAGGAGACAGCUGCAUAUUUGUGUGGCGCCUGAGCUCUGAGAUGACCAUCAGCAUGCGGCAGCGUCUAGCUGAGCUGCGCCAGCGGCAACGAGGGGCCAAGACCCCAUCCUCUCCUCAGAAGGCUGGACCCUCCCGGCAUGAGGUCCCAUCGAUGCUCACUACUGGACCAGCUCUCUCAUCAGACAGUGACAAGGAGGCAGAAGAUGAGGGCACAGAAGAAGAAGAACUUCCUGCUCUGCCUGUCCUUGCCAAGGGUGCCAAGAAAGAGCUAGCCUCUGUUCCCAGCCCAGCCCUGCCCCGCAGCCUGUCCCACUGGGAGAUGAGCCAGGCCCAGGGAACAGAGGCGUUCCUGGACCCAGCUUCCACAGCCAGUCAAGGCCCCAGAAGAAGAGGACGCUGGGCUCAGCCAGGCGUAGAGCUCAGUGUGCGCUCCAUGCUCGACCUGCGGCAGCUGGACAUCCUGGCCCCCAGUCCUCGGGGACGGUGCUCACUAGUCAAGGCCCCAUCUGGUGAACAGGCCCCUGAGACCUCAGGCGCUAGCCAGAAUGAAAAACUCCGCCGACCUCAGGCUUCCCAACCCUGUUCCUGCCCCCACAUUAUCCGAUUGUUGUCCCAAGAAGAAGGGGUCUUUUCCCAAGACCUGGAGUCUGUACCCACUGAGGAUGGUAUUGUCUACCCAGAACCGAGUGACAGCCCCACCCUGGAUACCAGUGAGUUCCAGGUGCAGGCUCCAUCCCGCAGGAGCCUGGGAAGAACGUACCCGGGGGACCGGAACUCAGAGAAGCACAGCCCUGACAGUGCUUGCUCUGUGGACUACAGCAGCAGCCGCCUUUCCAGCCCUGAACACCCCAAUGAAGACUCUGAGAGCACGGAGCCCCUGAGUGUGGAUGGCAUUUCCUCAGACCUUGAAGAGCCAGCUGAGGGUGAUGAGGAAGAGGAAGAAGAGGGAGGCCCUGGUCCCUAUGGGCUGCAGGAAGGCAGCCCCCGGACCCCAGAUCAGGAGCAAUUUCUAAAACAGCACUUUGAGACCUUAGCCAAUGGGGCUGCACCAGUUACUGUCACCACGGCAGGAAGCCCAGUUCAGGUGCCGGAUCGGACUGAGUCUCAAAGCAUCUCUGCACGCUUCCUGUUGCAAAUGCAGACUCCUUCACUCAGGGAACCAUCUCCAGCCUCCUUAAACCUGGCACUGAUGUCAAGAUCAGUUCAGGUACCACAGGCUCCCAGGCAACAGCCAAGCCACAUCAGUGCCACUCCUCCUGGAGCACCCCCUGAGGUGGAGCACUCCCCUGGAAACACAUGCCCCCAGCAGACAGCCCCUGUGUUAUUGCCACGACGCCGUCUCAGCCAGGAGUACAACUGGGCCCCCAAGAGAGUGGACAUAGCUACCCCCCAAGGUGGAUUCCAGAAAGCCCAGUCUGUGCAGAGUCUGGCACCACAGGAUAUGGCCCCUCCAGCAAACCUACUAUUGUCACGGGAGAUGGACACCCAGGGCCGGCGCUUCCUGCCCCAGGCUGACAACCACCUGUCCCAGCCCCACUUCUAUCAGAUACCUAGUCCCAGUUCCAAGACCAAGAUACCCCGGAGCUUCUCUGUUGGGGAUAACCUGGGUCUGGCUGUUGAACCUCAAGCUCUUGCCCCCAUCCAAGCCUCAACACUGAGCAAGAAGAUCCUGCCUAGCCGGGCUCACCUGGUCCUAGACAUCCCAAAGCCACUGCCAGAAUAUCCUACCCUGACCACCUUCUCUUCCACAGCCAAGGGCCGGGCUGCUGGUGAGGUCCAGCAGCCAGGCUGCUCAGCAGACCUCAGGAAGGCCCACAGUACAUCUGAGAGGCCAGGCUAUUCAGGGGAGGGUGUGACUCCCAAGCUUAGAACAGAGUGGCAGACUCAGCCUGGGCCCAGUAGCCCCUGUGUCCAGCAAGUGUCAGCAAACAGCCUCCUCCCAGGUCCUGGGAACAUGCAGCCCCCAUCCCCUGAGGAGGCACCUGGCCCUAUAGAGUGUGCCAGGCCAGGGGCAGCCCCGACCCAUGACUCAGAGCCAGCUGUGAGCCUGGAGCAGUGUGAACAGCUUGUGGCAGAGCUCCAGGGCAAUGUCCGCCAGGCUGUGAGGCUCUACCACUUGGUAGCUGCUUGCAAGACACCCUCAGCAGAGCAAAGUCGCAUCACACAGCUACUCAGAAACACUUUCUCUUCGGUGCGUCAGGAACUGGAAGCAUUGUCUGGGGAAGUAUUGGCCAGCCCAGGAGGGAGCCCUGGAACUGUGGGGGUUGAGCAGACACAGGCCCUUCUAGAGCAAUACUCAGAACUGCUGCUUCGAGCUGUGGAGCAGCGCAUGGAACGCAGAGUCUGAAUUCCAGAAGUCUAUCUGGGAUAAGAGCUCCACCUUGUCUGUGCUGCAGCCCUGCCUCCACUUGCCAUCUGUGGGGACACUUGGGGUGGACAGCAGGGAUUAGUGCUCAGAGGGGAGAUGGCUUCUCCAGUUCUCCUCACGGGGCCCCUGUAUUUAUUAAUUUAUUUCCCUGACUGUUGCCUCACUGUUUUGGACUCCUGCCCCCAUAGCCCCUUCAGUGGCUCAUGCAGGGGUAGGUCUUGAGUCUUUUGUCACCUUGGUGCUGUGAGCAUCCUGCUCCAUCUGAGGGAAUUGAGAAGGGCUGGCCCUCUCUCAGAAGCCAUGUGAAAUUACUGCAGGGAUCAGCUCCCUGGGGUGGAGCACAUACAGGGUAUUUAGUGGGCUGGAGGUGAGCUGUGGGGGUAAUGUAUGCAGAACCCUUCACCUCUACCUCCACUUCCCCUCCCAUACUAGCUGCAUUCCCCUGGCUGCCAGAGAAAGCCGCCUCUCUGCAGAGCCCUCUGGCCCUCCAGGGCAUUCCCAGCCACCAAGAGGCUUGUACUAUCAAGUCCUGAGCCCUACAUUCCGGUCCCCACCCUCCCCAAGAGGGUCCUUGUAUUGUGUGUCUUUCUGUGCUUCCCUCUCUCCUGGUCAGAGCUUAUGGAGCCAGUCAUGGGUCAUUGCUGCGGGACAGUAAGUCCUCUGCUGGUCUCCUUCCCCUGUCCCCUGAGCCUUCCCUGUUCUCUGUCCUAUCCCCUCAGCAGGCUGCUGGAGCAGAGCCCACUUCCCUGUAGCCCGAGUGACUUCCCUCACAGUUUACAGGGCACCAGUCCACUCUAAGGACCUUGACCACAGGCACAGCUGAGUGUUCACUGCUAGAGCACUUGCUUGACUGGCUGUGCACCUGGCCAUGUCUCACAUUCUUCACCACCCUGGCUUACACAGACUGCCUCUCACCAAAAAAAGGCAGCACACACCAAGCCUAACUGCUGGAUUAUGGAUUGACUGGUAGCCUCUAGGGUACAUGAUUCAAGGAGAAACCUCAAAGAUAGUUCUGGGCAUCCUGGUGGUCACAAUACUGGAAAAUGGAGGAGGGAGGCAUGCAGUACUGCAGCUGGGGUACUGAGAUGCACUGAUGAUAUGGCAGGUAGGACAGGUAAGUGAUAGAGGUUAGGGGACAGUAGAAUGAGGACAGUUGGGGGAAAGGGGACACAUGAGGUAGAUUAGGACUGAGUAGUAAAGCAGCUGUAGGAGAAUUAGGGUGGAGAGCUGUGACUCCAGGUUCUUCUUCAGAAAGCUUGACCACAGCUACAAGUCACACACCUCCUCACUCUGGAUAUGAUGAGCCACCUGCUUGUUGGCUCUAGGAAGACUGACACAGAAAUUGCAUCCAGUAGGGCCCAGCUGUCUCCACCAGCAUAUGUGCUAAAUUGGUGGAGGCCCCUUCACUUCUCUAACAGACCUUGACCCCAGGACUCCAUGAAGGUGGCCUCACCCCAUGGGACACACCCCUUCUGUCCCCAAACUGGCACACAGUGCGGCUGUGGUGAAAGGGGGGGUAGCCUGGCGUCCCUUCUGCCCUCCUGCACAGCCUGUGACCAAGGCCCUUGCAUGUCUAGGCUGGCUGCCCUCCUACGCGUGGAAGACCCUUAUUUAUGACUUUUGUACUUUGUCCAGAUCAUGGUGCGCCCCUCCUCAGGCCUCAGGGCAGAGGCUGUUUUUAGCAGAUCAGUUUGUACUGACGUCUGAAUCAUUAAUAAACACAAUCAUUUGUUAA